AUGUUCAUACGGGAGUUGAACGAGUGCACUGCGGAGCAGCUACGUGCUAUUGGUCAUAUUACUCGUAACACCCCAGAUCAUAAUUUGGGCUCGGCGAUGGAAUCGCUUCGCUUGAACACGAAGUUGAAAGUAGCAGUGCACUUGCUAAAGCCAGCAAUAGACAGACCUGUCGACGCUGCUGUAUAUCUCGUGGAAGUGAUUGACUUCGUCAAGAGGACAUCUCACGGCGCAGAUCCCUUUGUGAAACAAAGGGAGAUCUUUCUAAUUUUCGCGGGAGCCCUCGUCCGCAGCGGUACCAAUGACAAAGAUGCACAGGCGAUCCUCGAGCGCCUCGCACAAAUCAACGACGCGUCUAUGGCUGGCCUCAAAGCCCUCGUGACGACCAAAGUCUACCUUGCGCGAGUCUUACGCCGUCGUGAAAAGACAAAAGCUGCAGAGAAGCACGAGGAAUGGCUGACAAAGUGGUUUCGCAAAAAUCCUCACCUUAUUUCUGAACACGCUCUGCGAUUGUUAUUACUUCCUCCAGGCGAGACAGGAGGUAGUCCGGUGCUCGAUGCAUUGGGCGGGCCAUCGUGGCUGGACAGUCGCCAACACACAGACAAGACUGACCUCCGCCUUGCGAAACAGUGCAGACAAUGCGGUGCUUGUGAACCGAUGACUAAGUUGGCCUUCUCGAGAUUGCCAAAAAGCGAACUGGCAGUAUCACAAUUGAGUCUGCUCUCGUUGUCAGGAACGGGUGUCAGUGAGUAG